CACACAACAUCUUAGGACCUAGGUAAGUACCGAGCGUGAAAGACUACCUAGUAAGUAGCCUCUCAAGUCUUAUAUGUUUCUACCAACACACACACAUAAAUACCUAACCAACUUUAUCGUGGCAAACGCUAAAGUUAGGUUAAGCCAACAUUCGUGCUCGUAUUCUAAGUUAUCUACUUACCUAGGCACGGCAUAAAUGCAAUCCGUACCUGCCCUAUUGCAUUUACGAAUACCGCACGCAUUAUUACAAUUACAUAGGACGACGUCAGUUUCUACUAGGUAGAUCAUCAGGCACCUGCCGUUCAUUUUGACAUUAUCUAGAUCCUGUUCUUCAACGAACCACUCCGCCACUUAAGCUCAACCCAAACGUUUUCGUCAUUAGUGAAAACAAUUUCUAGCCUACUACAAUCUAAUCCUCUUGAAUUAGACCUGUCUACUACAGCCGAAAUGGCGCCUCCACAAGAUCACGAGGUCAUCGUAAUAGAUGAUGAUGACGACGAUAUCAGCAACGGCGAUAUCGAUGGCUCUAGGGGCUUAUUUCUGGGACGCGAUGGGCUUAUCGAUCUGGACGACGACAUUUUUGCAAGGGGAGUUGUUGAUUAUUUCGAUGGGUUUAAUGCUAUUGAAAACGGGAUGGAUCAGCCGCUCGCAAAUAACGUUCCUCCGCAAAUCAAUCCCAGAGAUAGCGUCAGGGCUGUUUUCCCGGAUAUCUGCCCGGACUACCUAGAGAGGCUCACAAAUGAAUAUGGUAACAACUCUGAUGUCAUUAUUGACGCGAUACUGGAUUCUCAAGAGAAGGGCGAGGAAUACCCAAGACAGCCAGUCAAUAACCCUCUCAAGCGCAAGAGAGCCCAUGGCAUUGAUGACGAUGGAGGCGCGGAUAUGAACGAUAUCAAGACCGAAGACGACAUUACCAAGGAUAUUAAGGCCAAGAUUUCCCAACCGGGGUACCAUCAAGAUACCGUGAAUUCGUCAUAUAAAAAGCUGGCUACGAAGCUUUUAUCUAUCGAUUUCCCUAAGGUCCACAUGUCCCUCAUUAGAACUUACCUCACGGAAAAUUCUGGCUCUCUUUUCAAAACAUAUACAGCUAUGAAGGACAUUGAGAAUAGCCGGAAAGACGGCGAAGCGCCUUGGCCUGAAAAGAAGACCCUAACGCCGUGCAUCCGCAUUUUUGAGAAAGAUCACAUUGGUCAUCUCAAUAUGAACGAGUAUACCGCACCGGAGCAAUUGGCGAUUGCCGAACUACGUGCUGCGAGAGAUCUGGCAGAUUUUAAGCAAGGGCAGACCGAACUGAGAAUUGAGGAGGAGAAUAACUUCAGUCACGCCAAAUUGACAGGAAAAACUGAAGAGUGCGGUUGCUGCUUCGAAGAGUGCGCUAUUAAUCGAAUGAUCCAUUGUGAUGGAGAAAAUCCACACCGGUUUUGCCGAGACUGUAUGAAGUCUCAAGUAGAUGCAAACAUCGGCCUUUCAAAAUACGAGUUGACUUGUAUGUCCAUGGACGGAUGUUCGGCUGGCUUUGAGGGUUCUCAACGAAAACUAUUUCUCGACAAAAAAACCCUCAUGGCAUUGGAUAGACUCGAAAUUGAUGCUUCAUUGCGCAUGGCGGGCCUCGAAAACCUUGAGACAUGUCCUUUCUGCCCUUAUGCAGCAGAAUAUCCGCCUCCUGAAGUCAAUAAAGAAUUCCGCUGCGAUAACCCGGAAUGUGAGAAGAUUAGCUGCCGGCUCUGCCGGAAAGAGAGCCAUAUACCGAGGACGUGCGAAGAGAAUGCUGCUGAUCACGGCCUCUCGGCUCGGCACGUCCUCGAGGAGGCGAUGAGUGAAGCGCUGAUCCGAAAGUGCAAUAAUUGCCAACAUCCAUAUGUGAAGCUUGAAGGAUGUAACAAGAUCACAUGUACGCGAUGCCGUACAUUGCAGUGUUACGUUUGUCGAAAGACCAUUAUUGGUUAUAACCAUUUCAACGACCCUUCACGAGGCGGCCACCAAGGCCAGUGUCCUCUUUACGAUAAGACGGAACAACGUCACGAGGAGGAAAUCAGACAGGCUGAAGAAACUACCCGAAAGAAGGUAGAGAUGGAACACCCGGGAUUGACUGCCGAUGCUUUAAGUAUUAAAGUGUCCGAUGAAGUUAAGAAAGACGAAGAACGACGACUUCUAAGACCUCAUGAGCAACGAAGGCUUGAUAGGCAAAGAGCCAUGUUUAAUCCCUGGGAAAUCAAUGCACGCCUUCCACAAGCUGGAAUGGCUAUUCCUCCUCCUAUAGGGCGUCCUGAAGGCAAUGGUCCAGACUUAAUGCGUGCUAGGAUCGCCCUCGCAGAGAGGCAUGCUCAAGUUAGGGCACAUUUGGAAGAGAGACGUGCUCGGGCUGCACGUGAGAGAGGAUGGAACUUAGAACCUCCACGUUUGCCUCAUCCUGUAGCCCCCCGCGUCGCUGACGCUGGUGAAGGUGCUCCAGUUAGACCUAUCAUAGGAGGAGGAAACCCGCCUAUACCGGGAGCUCUACUCUUUCACGCUCUUAACACUCGUGAAGGCGGUCUAGCCGCACCCGCGCGACCGCUUAGAACAGCCGACCGUUUCCCUCAUAUGAAACUUCGAAAAAUUGGUUGAGACGACCGCUUUUGUCGUUUAAAUAACGAAUGAAUAAAUCCAGUACUAUGGGUUUAAAGGAGAAUGGACAAGUUGCAGGGUCAGGCUGUGGUCAGCAUGGAUUAUUAAGACAGCCUCUCAAUUCUCUGGACCGGUACAUACGGAGUUCUAGUUCUUUAAGAACAUAUACCUGAAAGGCCUUUUGAAAUCUCUAAAAUUAGUGAUGGGGGACCAAUUCUGGGCUUUCUUCUAACCAACGGAGUUGGUGUUUCACUCGUCCUCAGAUACCCAUAUUAAUAAGAGGAUAGAAUCGUUUGUGCAUCGAGAGGAUUUUACGAUAUCAGAAUUCAUAAGGCGCAAGGAGUCCCGGCUGCUCCGAUGAAUCGCUUUUGCCUAUAGCUUAGAUAGGAGAUCUGACUUUUUGCUUGCUAAUAACAUUCGCGUUUC